UCCGCAUCGUUCGCUUUCCCGUGUCGUUGUUUUGCUCGGUCGGUCGACGACGUUUUUCUUUUCAGGAAAAAAGGUGUGUGUGUAAAAUCCAAACAUAGAAUUUCCCAGUCGCUACUGAAGUGCGGAAAAGCUGAAACCAGACACACAAACACAUACAAACAGAUACAUUUUACUCACAAAACGCCCAUACGCACCGCCGGGAGGAGGCAAGCGGCCAGUCAGCCAGCCAGCCAGACAAACGAACAGACCGAAACCCUUGGCGUACGACGCAAAGCAGCAAAGGGCACCGCGCAAACACGUCACCUCAUCAUCAUCAUCAUCAUCGUCAUCCCGAUCAUCGCUCGGCAUCAGCGGCAGCUGUAACUCUGGUCGGAUCGUUACAUUAAAAUAGUGUGUUUUUGUUGCUAGUGAAAAGAGUCGUGCCGCCGCCGUCGUCGCCGUCGUCGUCGUCGUCGUCCAGCCGCAGAAACAAAAAGCACACGCCCGCGCGUAGCACGUGAAAACGCGAAUAAGAAGAAGAAGAGAAAAGAGAAAAAAGGUACAUCCAUUGUGCAGUGUUUUGUUUCAUGUGUGGUGUAAGGAGAUAAGUAAUGUGGUGUCUUUCAUGCGUCUCUUCUCCAACUAAUUCAGAACCAAUGGCUGCUAUAAGGAAAAAGCUUGUGAUCGUCGGCGAUGGUGCCUGCGGUAAAACCUGUCUGCUGAUCGUCUUCAGCAAGGAUCAGUUCCCGGAGGUGUACGUGCCGACCGUGUUCGAAAACUACGUGGCCGACAUCGAAGUCGACGGCAAGCAGGUUGAGCUGGCACUAUGGGAUACGGCCGGGCAAGAAGAUUACGACAGACUGAGGCCGCUGAGCUACCCAGACACCGAUGUUAUUCUCAUGUGCUUCUCUGUCGAUUCACCCGACUCGCUGGAGAACAUCCCCGAAAAGUGGACCCCUGAGGUAAAACAUUUCUGUCCUAAUGUACCCAUCAUCUUAGUCGGCAACAAAAAAGAUCUCAGAAAUGACCCACACACAAUAAAGGAAUUGGCUAAAAUGAAGCAGGAGCCCGUCAAGCCACAGGAGGGACGUGCGAUGGCCGAAAAAAUAAAUGCUUUCGCUUAUUUAGAGUGUUCGGCCAAAUCGAAGGAGGGCGUGCGUGAAGUUUUCGAGACUGCUACGAGAGCAGCGUUACAGGUGAAAAAGAAGAAGAAGAGUAAAUGUGUUCUGCUCUAAAAGAGCAAAGCCAGCAUUGUGCUCCCUAUUGCGAUGGUGUUUGCGCGGAUAAAAAAACACUGAGCCUGUUGAGUAAAGCGAAUCGUAAGAGAGGGAGAGAGGAAAAGCAACCGAAGAGAGCAGAAAGCGAUGCAAACAACGGGAAGCAGCAAGUAGAAGAGCGCAGCAUCAGCAUAUGUGUGUGUGGUGGAGAUGUGGAGGAUCGAGAACGGCGGUGGUAGUAGAUAGAUGGCCCGAGUGGCGCUAUAACAUUAAUCGUUUUGGGAAUGGCAAAAGGAGAAGUGAAGACGCUAAUUCGUAGGUAAAAGCGCCACAUCAUUACACGCAACAGCAGAAGCCUCAGAGAUCGAAGAAAAGAAUCCUUUUUUUAGAAUGAAAAAGAAACAUCUUUCGACCACCUUUUCACACAAAGCAGACCAAAAAAGGAGAAAAAAUGAAGAAAAAAAAACCAACAAAAGAACACAAGAACAUAGAACACAUACCAAUUCAAUGCCAGGGAUUACAACCAGGGAUUACAAGAAGCCUAGACGGGAGACGGAAAGAGGAGAGAACAGCAGGCAACAGUGAACGCGUGAACACUAGCUGCGAAUAGAUCUACUUGGGGUGAGUGAUGCGCGUCACCCCAGCCUUUUUUUUUUUUUGUGGUGUGUCAAGAACUACUACUAGAGUUUUCUGCAUGCUGGAGAACGUAGCGUAGUCACCGAACGCCUUUUUUAAUGUGUGUGUACCUAGCGUAACGCAUGCCAUGAUGAUGAAAAUGAUGAUGGAAGAGAAUAUGAGGAUGUGUAAGGCAAAAACGUUUUCACCCGAUACCGCCCCCACCCCCCGCGAGGGAGGGUUGUUUUGGUAUGCAAAAGCAAAAGGAACUGCAGCGUGUUUGCUCUGUUAGGGAAUCAUUUUACAACCGAACCCAACUAAACACAGGAACUUUGUAUGCAAUGGUGUGUGGACGCAAUCAAAUCGUUCAACAAUCACACGCUGCCGUUGUGUAGUGCACGUAUUUUGAAGUGCGGGCCCUAUUCGACGGGCUUUGGUUAGAAUGUCUGCAGAAGUAGGAAGAGGUCAAGCAUCCACAUUCGCGCACACCACAGCCCUUGGAGAGGGAGUGGAGAAAAGUACGGAUAGUUUCUCCAAACGUUCAUGUUUCUCAUAUUUGGUCCCAUUUUCCUGUUUUUAUCUACACAACACACACACACCUUCUUAGAUACAUACAUACAUGCAUAUAUAAGAUGGCAUCUACUAGAUGUGGUUUUUUUUAUUAUUAACUAUUCGGUAAGCGAUUAAGUAAAUGAGUUGAAUAUGCAAAAAUCAACAAAAACAACACAAAAAACACAAAAAAUACGGGAUAAAAGCAAAACGUUUCGUAACAAAAGCAUGAACGACAGAGAAAGCUAGCGCUCAUCACAGUCGGAAUAGGAGUUUAAUUGAAAGGAAGCAAACCACUCCCACACACACACACACCCCCUAUAUAUAGAACGUAUAAUGCAGAAAGGAAGGUUAAGCAGAGAUAACACACUCUUAUUUUAAUAGCCCCAGGAGUGUAUGAUUCGUUCGUUCGCGAUGGCAUAUUUUUGCAAAAAUAUCCGAGCAAAAGUUUAAACACACAUACACACACGUCGACAACACCCAUCCAUGUAGAAUGAGAUUAUGAUCAAAAGUACCAAGCUCGGAGAGAACGGAGAAUCAGGCAGAUUUAGUUUGACUGGUUUGUAAGCGAGAAGAUGGAGAAAAACCCUAUUGUAACAUCUUUGUCGUGUGCAUCUUCUCAGCUUUCGAUGUUUUAAACAGUCGACCGUGCUUGAAUGGGGGCAACAUAGCAGACCAUCAGAGAAGGGUAAAAACCACGCAUUAUUGUAAACCACGCGCACCUCCUAGCCCCACGGAUCAUGAAUCCGGGGGCGGCAAAAGGCAGGAAGGAAGUGAAUCGGAUUUUUGGAAUCGAAUUGUUUUCGGUGCGUUUUAUAUUUAAAUCACACUCUCCCUUAUAGUGUGUAGCGUAAGGGGGAAGGGGGAUGCACCCAUUGCCGGAAACGCUACACAUUGUUUUGGCAAAGCAGAACUAGCAGGAGAAGUGUUGGUGUGUGUGUGUUUUUGAAAUGGAAAAAAAGUCGCGGGAUCGCGCCAUGGGAUCGCGUUGGAAUCGUUUAGUAACGAUGAUGAUUGCAAAACAAAACAAACAAACAGACACAAAUUGAAGUGCAUAUGCAAAAUGAAACACGAAGCAUGAUGAAAACGGAUCGGAUCUAGGAUAGUAAUAGGGUAACACAAAUUAGCGCGGAAGAGAGAUAGCGAGAGAGAGAGAGGAAAGAGAAGGAGAGGAAGAGUCAGAAUUUUAAAAAAGAAAGCAGAAUAAUAAAUUCUAACCAAUGAUAAAAAUGAAACCAAACACAUACAACACAAACAUCAAUCCGAUAAUCUUCGUAUGAAACAUAGCGCGUGGGAGGUAAUACUGGUGAUGGUGGUAGAGGUUGGUGGUGGUAAUUGUAGUGAUGGCCGAGGUAAUUGUUGAUGAGAUUGUUGAACACAUGCUUGUUGUUGCAAUACGGAGGAGAAAUGGGAAACAACUGUGUCCAACCCUAAACUGUGUACCACAACUUCUCCGUGUGUGGACGGAUGUCUACAUUGUUCUCAAGGAUCAUAUCAAAUCCCGGAUCAGUUUUGCAUGCGUUGAAUCGAUGUGUUGUAUUGUAAUGCGAGUUCCCCGAGAGGUGUCAUUGCGUCGGAGCCUUCUGCUGACAAGGAAACAGUGAACAGAAGCGAAACGCCUUGUAUUUCAACGAAAUGCUGUGAGAGAACUGCAUUGUUUGGUCAAGGUUAUGCGACAGAGACCUCGGAAUGGAAUGGAACGAAUAGUGAGAUAUGCUGAAGGAAAACAAAAAUACAACGUACGCUCUAACCAAUCCCAAAAGCAGGGACGUUAUACACAGAGAUGCGCAUGCACUCUAUGUGUGUAUGUGUCGGUGAAUGAAGUUACGUGCGAACGAUCGGAUUGAUCAUGCUAAAUCCCUUCCCCCCCUGUGUUUGGGUAGUGUGUGUGAUUGUUUGGUGGCAUCUGUUUGUUGUGUUGUUCAUGUGAGUGUACACGUAGCUGUAACUUCUUGGUAUGUUCGUAACACUUUGGAACCGUUCGUGAUGUUUACAAGUGAGGAAAUUUGCGAGUUGUAUGCAUUUGGAGAGUCCCUCCACACCCUAUCUACGGGUAGCACACAAUAUCCCCCGUCAUUGGAUAGAAAAGGGCAGGCUAGUAAUAAUGUUGAAGGCAUUGGGUGUGUCACGAGGUCCAUCUCUUGCAAUGUGUGGGUAUGUUUUUUUUCAUUCUCGUGUCAGUCGAUCUGAUGAGGAUCUACGUUGUGUAGCUUUUCUUGAGACAGCGAAGGAAGCUUAGGGUAGAGAACAAAGAGAGAGAGAUAGAGAGAGAGCACAGCAAGAGCAAAAUCGUUCUCAGUAACGUGUUUCUGUAGGAAGUAAGCUCCUACCUACACUAACAACAACUAAAUCGGGUAUUUUAGCAUCUAUUAUUAAGUAGUGCAUACAUUUAGGUGCAUUUGUCACAAAUGCCAUCAUUUGUAAUACAACCACUUGCUGUUUAUUACCACUUGGUGUGUGUGUGUUUAUGUUUGUGUUGUGUGCCCAUCGCGUGGCGUGAAGUGUGUUCCGCCUAACUGUUUCACCUUUCGAAUUGGGGCAAGUUGGCAAACACUGUAUGGUGCCAUGGCGUGGCUGGUCGUCUCUGUUUAUGUUUUAAGUUUUUGAUGCUAACGUAAAUAUGUGCAUAUGCUCGUACGUCAUUUACCAUUAACCCGCGGUAGUGUAGCACAACAGACACCUAGAAGUAACGUCAACCAACCGAAUUUCUGUGUACGAUACGGAUCCUACAAGUGUUCCAUCCCGGCAUUCAUUGUGCAGAGGCAGGCAGAGGCCUGGGCAAUAGAAUACACUCACAAAUAUGAAACAACCCUCCCCACCAAACGGUUUUACAAUUUCGGCCCAUAUGCGCCCCCCUGGACGCGGGGCGCAGGAUAAGACAGCUUAAACCCACGUCCGGCGUAAGGUCAAAAUCUCUUUUGAAUCAUUUUGUUUGAAGCGUAUAUUGGAUGGAUGGAAGCGCCGUCGCACUCUGUAGCCAAUCCCAUUAUUUGGGAGGACAGGUGGAGAAAGGUUUAUAGUAGAAGCACGUCGUUUGGACUGAACCACGCAGUCGCUGACGUGUACUGAUAAACAUACACAGAAGUGGUGAGCCACUCCUAGAAACUAUUAUUGAAUUACCAUUGUUUCUAUUUCUACUACUACUACAACUACUACUAAUCCAAGCCCUAUUAACUUACUACUUUUCAUAUUCGAUCUAAAAAGAAGGAGUAUUCGGCGAAGAAGAAGGAGUUGGCAUCAGAUAUACACAUACGAACAAAUCGAUAACGCUUUUUAGAUAAAGAGGUAGGCCUUUUACAGAAGCUUUUGAAAUUUACCGACACUCGCUCCAUCUACUCUCCUGAUCGGAUGUACAUUUGCCGUUUGAAGCGAAAAUGCGAAUGAACCUGGCACUCACCCCUGUUUUGUUGGACUCUAUAUGUUGUGGGGUGUUGUGUGUGUGUGUAUGUACUGACACUCUUGUAAUUGAUUUUUAAAUAACCAUGCUGCUUUUUUACACUGACUGGCAAGAUAGUUAGGACGAAACUGCUGUAGGGCAGCAUAAAAAAUGCAAAAUUGUGCGAUUUUAUGUUUGAUCGUAUAGCUAACAGCGCAGAAAGAACAACAAUUGGUUGAUUGAACGUAUGAUGUUGAUUUAUCAUUCUUGAUUGUUUCAUCAUUAGCAAAUCAAAAGCUUAGAGAGCAUUUUUUCCCCUAUUUUACAUAUUUGUAAUGGACAUAAUGGAUCCAUUUGUAGCACACAAGCUGUGUUUCUUUUCUUUCUACCGACUGAGUGCUUUUGAGUUUGUCCAUUUGUGUCCGGUUAUCCGCAGGACUCGAUGGGGGUGGUGUGUAUUUGCAAAUUACUCACAAACACACAUAAAAUCUCGUCCCUCGACCAUGUUGCAUGGUGAUGGUGGUAACUAUUAAGAUCAUAACUAAACGUAAAACAACAUGUACGUGUGUGUGUCUGCUUUCGAACACACAUACACUAAUUACACGAUUUGGUUUUUUCACAAUCAAGCCUCAUUAAUAAGAAGAAGGAGCAGAAUGCAAGAGAAGAAUAAAAACCCCAACAAAUUUACCAUUCUUUGCUGUAUAGUGCUAAUAAGGUAAUUGAAAAAAUAGUAACAUAAAGAGGAAGAAAAAAAUGGAUACCAGGCAAAUCAAAGAUAAGCGCGAACACGUGUGGCAUGUGAUGAUGAUAAUGGGGGGGUGGUAGGUACGUACAUAAUAUACAAAACGUUUACAAAGCCAGGAAGGUGCAACCAAACGUGUUUGACGCAGAACAACAAGUUCAAACAGGCACGGUUUGAGCACAACUUCUCCGCUGCUGAUACUUUUAGUCACUAUCAACGCUCGUAUCAAUUAUACAAUACAAAAGCUGAUAGAGGGGCGGCAGAUUAAGGCUACAAUUUGUUGCUGUCGCGGUGCCCGUAUCCACCACUACACGAUGCCAUUUUUUUUGUUUUUGCAUUAAGCAGAUCCAUUUUUGAAACAAACAAGAACGCGCUUAUGCAGGUGCUGAAAAGCACAUGCAUACUGCUAAAAUACAUUACACAUACCCUUGCAUACAUCUUUAUCACUCACGCAUGCGAAAGGUGGCACGCAGUGGCCCCCCAUACUACAUCUCUUAGAAAUAUCAUAGAUAAAAAUUAACUAAUUAUUAAACAGAAAAGGUGAAAGCAAGGAAGAAGAAUUUACCGCAAUGAUGAGCUAGCUAGUAGCUGGUCAACUACAAACACAAUCGCAGCCGUGUGUAGUGUGUCAGGUGACACGACCGGAGGGAGACAAUUUUGUUUUACAAGUGAAGAAAUCCAACAUUCGUAACUGAAUUAAAACGCGUACCACAGACACGAGGGGGAAGUAUCAAUUCACUCAGAGCGCAUAUACACGUGUUGCCGAUUUGACAAAAAAAAACGAGACUUAGCAAUGGGAAAAAGGCUUCGGAUGGAUGACGAAUGAAGAGAGGAAAAAGGGGUCGCAUGGUGAUGGAAAGAGUACAGUGUGGUGGUGUUAGAUUAGAAGGAUUAAGAAUGAGUAAACGUAUAUUGUUUUGCAAGAAGGACACACACAACCCUACAAGAAUAGCAGUUUUACUGUGAAGAGAGCCAAACACAAGAUUUGGCACCGAGGAGGAGAAAGGGUGUAUGUGUAUGGGUUUGGUUUGGUUUUGGGAAGCUUAGUAAACUACUAUUGCGCUAAUAUUACUUUUGUGCUGCGAAGCUAUUUCACGAGAAGGGCGUUGUGGUGGGGGUCUGUGUGUGUGUUGUUGCGCAAAGAAGGAGAGAAGCAUGUAUGAUUUAGAACACACUGUAAAGAAGAUAGUUGGCAAAACACACGAGGUUGGCGAACAAA